UCCGGCGCCCGCCGUCUCCUCGUUCUACCCAACCUCCACGAGCUCUCGUCUCCGGCGGCGGAAGCGGUAAGAAGGAAGCAGGCGGCGGCCAUGGUGAAGGGACGCACGGGGCAGCGCGUCAGGCUCUACGUCCGGGGCACCAUCCUCGGAUACAAGAGGUCGAAGUCGAACCAGUAUGAGAACACGUCGCUGGUGCAGAUCGAGGGGGUGAACACGAAGGAAGACGUCGCGUGGUACUGCGGGAAGCGCAUGGCGUACAUCUACAAGGCCAAGACCAAGGCCUGCGGCACCCACUACCGGUGCAUCUGGGGCAAGGUCACCCGCCCCCACGGCAACUCCGGCGUCGUCCGCGCCAAGUUCAAGUCCAACCUCCCGCCGGCCUCCAUGGGGCACAAGGUCAGAGUGUUCAUGUACCCGAGCAGCAUCUAAGGUUUUGUUGGAGUUUCGUUGGAGUAGGGAUGGUCACGCUUGUUUCUUACAUCGAGCUGAAAAUAUCAUGUUUGGUGAAUCUGUGCUGUGUUGGCAACUUAGAUUGUUCAAGUACUGAACCUGUGGAAGUUUUGCCUGGAUUUGUUAUCAAAUGAAUGUGGACCAUUGUCUUAUUGUUAGAUGCCAGCACCGAGGCUUAGUUUGCCCAUCAGUUUAAAGCAUAAGUUGCCACA